UAUGUUAUUUAUGCUACGGCUCAAAAACAUAACCAUUUUUAUGAUUUUAUGCUGAUUCUAAUUUUCUAUUCUACUUUGACAGUUCUUUUCAAUUUUCUCUGCCGGCCGGCAUCUGACUACACGAGCGUUAAAAAAAAACAGUUUUCAAGUGUUUGUUUCUCGCGGUUCCCGUUCCCGAUCAUCUCAACAGAAUUAUUAAACACUCAGCAAGGCUACCAUCAUCAAUAAAGUGGUAAGAUUUGGUCCGAAUAGCUAGGGAAAGUGUACUACCUUCUGGAAUUGUUUUAGCCCUGCAAGAGGCGGAAGCGAACAUACGGUGAAGAAGCCGAGCGAGAAUGUUUGUUGGUGAUUUAUUUUCAGUAACUCGUGAAAGUGGCUAGACGAUGUUAGAUUAGAAAUGAAACUCCAAACUUGAUUGUUUACGUCUGUUUAUGGCUUGUAGGGAACGGAAGACAUUCUAAAGAGAGAAGCUUGUUUGUCGGAUAUUCCGGAAUAUGCUGCUGGGGAGGCGGACGUGAACAGUGUAUUAGCUGCUUACAAAAAUGAAGGUGAUCCGGAUAUUUACGAAAAUUCGUACAUGACACUCAUCUGUACAAACAAACAUCUGUUCUCCGACCUGUACGAUGGAGUUGCUCGUAGGCCCAGUGUGAUGCCACUUCCGGUGUGAUGAUUGGCGAGGCCAAAACACUCGUCAACAAAGUGAAGGUUUACUAUGGCUUGUUGAAGGAACCGGAUGUUCAGACCCUAGUUCAAACUCCCCCUGAAGAAGAUAACGACAUGGAUCCGAAUGCUCCAGAUAAGCCUAAAAAGGAGAGGCCAAAAAAGGAUCAUCUGUUUUCGAAGAAAUCGAAAUCCGAUCCCAAUGCACCGCCGCAGGAUCAAAUUCCUUUGCCCAAGUUGAAGGACGUAGACAAGGUGGAAAAGAUUAAGGCCCUGAGGGAGGCUUCCAAGAGGGUCAAUCUGGGACCAGACUGUUUGCCGCCCAUCUGCAUGUACACGCUGCUUAACGCGAAUUAUACAGUUACUUGCGCAGAGAUUUGCGAAGACUCCAGUCUUAUUGCCAUAGGCUUUUCCGAUUCAUCCAUCAAAGUGUGGUCUCUGUCGCAUAUCAAGUUGCGAGAGAUGAAAACAGCGGACAUCUUGAAGGAAAUCGAUCGCGAUGCUGACGAUGUGCUGAUACGGAAGCUGGAUGAUCGCAAGGCGGAAACGAGUCCGAUGUUAUACGGCCACAGUGGUCCCGUGUAUCGCACUGCAUCCUCGCCGGACCGCACCUCGGAGGACAGGAGCGAAAGCAAUGCGACGAACAGCGUCAGUGCACCGAAGUGGAAAAGUUGGAAAAGAAUACAAAUCCAUUCCGGUUACGCUGUUUGGAACCUGAGAAACCACGAUUCUGGCGACGAGCUGACUGACGAAAAAACAGUACCGGAAGUUGGAUACACCCUAGAUACGCAGGAAAGUUUUAGUUUAGUUAGCAGUUUUGUUGUUGGAUGGGAAGGAUCUCAGGUCGUUGGACAGAAGCCUUUCUACACGUCUUAAAAUGCAAUGUGUGUUGCAACCACACAUUGGCACAAUUUCAGUCGCACAAAACAGUUCUUAACGGUACCAGCGCAAGGAUUUUGCACUGGCUGAAGAUGACUUGAAGCAUGU